AUUUAUUCCUGUCUAAUCUUAAAUUAUUUUUUGUUACAGGGAACAACAUGGCGUUACGAUUCAUAGUUCUCCUGUUACCGGCGCUUGCCGUCGCCAGAAUAAACGUGGAGUUGUCCGGCAAAUUCGACGCACAGAACCCUAACAUGCAGGUUUACCUGUCAGGGAACGAUGUCGGCAUCAUCACCGACACCGAACGAGAGACUUUCAACGUGAGAGACGGAAGCCUGAAAGACGCCGUGCGCGCGAACUUCGGCAAACGCCCUGAUGACGCUUACCUCCGCAGCCCUACACCCUGGGGCGACCUUUACCAAAGCUAUGGAUGGAGCCAAGUCACCAGGACCUUAAUCCCCAAAAAAGCCACUAUCCUGGGCAUCGUCUCCCAACCAACUAUCGUAAUGCAACAAAUAUUCGAGAACAACAGCUCCAAACCUGCGACAUUCAACGUGGGCAUCUCACAAGAAGUUGCUAACACUGUUUCCUCGUCGUGGAGCAAGGGUGGCAGCUUGUCCAUCGGUCAAGAGAUCAACUACAGUUUCGACAUCGAAGUAGCUAGCGGUGGUGGUAGCACGUCCAUCGAUUACACUAACUCCUGGGGAGAGAGCACCGAGAAGUCGGAAACCGUUACCGUCGGAGCUUCCACGGCUAUGGACAUCCUUCUGCAGCCAGGACAGUCGGUGAUGGCUCAACUGCACGCGACCAAAGGCACCAUAAAGAUAGAAGUGGAGUACGAAGCCAGUUUGUCCGGAGACACGGCCAUCAACUACUCCAGUCCUUACCAAGGGCAUCAUUUCUGGGCGUUGGACGUUGGGGCAGUCAUGAGCAGUGGUGGCAUCAGCAACCGCCUAGUCUCCAGGGAAACCAUUGAGAUCGGUUUCUACUCCCAGUCGUCAGUCUCGGUCCAGGACAGGAAUUACGCCACUCAAAUGAUGAUGGUCAAAUUUUAA